GCAGAGUGGCUCCAGGAGCAUUUUGCAUCGGCUCCAAGUGCAAAUACCGAGGACCCACCUUUCCCUUUAAACAUUCUUAAAGGCAAAGUAGGAUUAAACCGUCCCGGAUUGGUAAAGAAUGCAAGAUUAUAACCGUUUCAAAAUUGUUUACAGCGAGUCAGAUAGCAGACUGGGGAAGGGACACUGGGGAUAAGCAGCGAGAGAGGAAAGCAGUUCCCGGCAGGUGAAUCAAAGGUGAGGUUUGAGGAAACUUGGGGCGAGAACUUUGCAAAGCUUUCCAGGUGAAUUCAACUUCGCUGGUUCGAGGUUGCAUUUAUGUGUUAACAGCCUUGUUUACAAAUACAAAUAAAGAGAUAUUGACCGAGUCUGCAAAGUUAUAUUCCCCUACCACUUAUGAAAACCUCUUAAAGAAUAAAUUAAGAUUUAAAAAGAUUAAGUCUGGAGCUCCUGUGAAAUGCAUAGGUACUUUUUUUAAGGCAUUGAUUUGGUUGACGAAGUAAUCGACGGAGACCUGUAAAAGUGCAACAGGUGGAUUUUUGGGGACUGGACAAUGCUGGAUGGACCUGGGAGCUGGGCUGUGCACACUUCACACUAAGGACUGCAUUUCUGGAUGUGUUCCUGCCCCGGACCCUUGCUGCUGACCCGCGCCUCUCUUCUGCCUGGGGAACUGGAAGCCAUGCUCCGGGGCUUGGGGAGCACGGACACCACGGCUCAGACUUCCCUGGCGGGUUGGCAGCCACGUGGACAGAACCCCGGCUCUGGGACCCCGCGGCUGACCGAUCCGAUCCAGGAGUUCGCGGACACUUUGGCCCAGUUUAAGGACACGCUUCAGGUUGAAGCAGAUGUUCCUGUACAGCCUGAGCUGCUUCAGGAGCGCCUGAUGGCUAUGACAUUGGCUCUGGAGCUCGUCAUCGAUCACUAUCCAUCUCUGAAUCCGAACAACAUCCUCCUGGAGACUGCAGCCAUGAUGGUGAAUAUGGUGCAGGGUUUAAGUGCUCAGGACCAAAGCAAAGAAAAGCCAAGACGUUUCAGUGAAAUAUUCCGGGAGCUGGAUGCAUUUGAGAUUUCCUUUAGCAACUCCACGGUGGACCUUUUCAUGACAGAACCAGACAGCAGCUUAACUUCUCCAGAACAUUCUCCAGAGGAGGAGAGUCCGGUGAAUGAGGAUUUGCUCCCAGUAUGCCAUGAUCACGUAAUGGAGGAGCGGGAUGAGUUCCAAGCAUCAGUGCAAGAGGCUGAUGAAAUGCUGCUGAAGUGUGUAGGGGGUGUCGAUUCCGCACUGCUCUAUGCCAAACUCUGGGCCAAGUACACAAAGGACCUGUUGUCGUGGAUGGAGAAGCGGACUUCUGCUGAGAUUGAAUUCUCAAAGAACAUAAUUAAAAUGGCAGACACAAGCAAGAUCUUGAUCAACCAAGAGAAGUUCAUGCCUUUCCAAUACAUCUACACAAUGGCCUUGCAGCAUGACAUCCAACAAGGCGAGAAGACAAUUAAAACCAUGAGUUUGCUGCAGGAGGGUAAAUACAUAAAGCCGCUCAUGAUGAAGAAAAACGAGGUGGAGAAGCAGCGACGGGAGUUCAAGGAGCAGUGGCAAAAGGAGCAGCGCAGAAUGAAUGAUGCCUUAACAGCACUGCGGAAAUCUAAACACCUGUACUUCCAGCGCUGUGAGGAAUUCGAAAAGGCAAAGCAGCAAAGCGCCAAGGCUGAGGAAGAACAGAUUUCGCUGAGUAUGAGUGGCACUUAUCCAGGUAGUGCCAGCAAGCAACUCGAGAAACGCAGACGGUCAAAGGACGAAGCACAGUUGAAGGUUCAGGAGACUGAGAUGCAUUAUAAGAACUGUGUCCGUGAGGCCAACCUCAGACAUAAAGAAAUGGAGAAAAUGAAAGUCGAUAUCAUAACCCAGCUUCACAAACUCAUCUGCCAUGGUGACCACAUACUAAAAUUGGUCUCUAUGAACAUGUUCCAGAUGAAGCAGGAACAGAUCCAGCAGGUGCCAUUCUCCUUACAAAAACUGCAAGAGAACCUCAAAAUCCAUGAACCUGCCCAGAAAUAUGUUGAAUUCAUCCAAAACUUGGACAAGAAAAUGCUGUCCGCAGAGAGCUAUGAAUUUGAGGAGUUUUCUACUCCCAGUAGAAGGUCCUCCCCCACUGCAAGGAGAAAAAGUAUUGCCACAGUGGUCGAUCGAACGUCAGCAUCAUCUGGUGACUUCCCAAUUUUGCCAGAAGAGUUUGGAGGCAAACCCACGAUUCAGAAUACAGCUGGACUUAAAGCUGGCUUAAGUGAUUCAGAAAGCACUGGCGUCAGCAGCGAGUCUCGUUCCCUUGACUCACCGAUGUCCAGUCCAGCUCAUUUUCGAAGCAAAUUUCCAAAGACCACAGUACCAGGGAUGUCUCCAGAUGAUUUCGAAGAGAGGGAUGGGAGCCAUUUACAAGAUAAUGAUUUGGCAGAUUUACUUAAUGAGACAUUGAAAACGCCACCAACUUUCAAAAACAGUGUGCUAUCUAAAGCUGCACAAACACACCGAUUUCGAAAACUCAGAGCCCCAACCAAAUGCCGAGAGUGUGACAGCCUUAUUGUGGUGAAUGGCGCUGAGUGUGAGGAGUGUUACCUGGCAUGUCAUAGAAAGUGUCUUGAGUCCAUUGCAAUUUUGUGCGGGCACCGUAAAUUGCAGACCAAGAUCUCUCUAUUUGGAGUCGACUUUGCCCAGGCGCCGAGAGAGUCAGCUGAUGAGGUGCCUUUCAUUAUCAGAAACUGCACGGCAGAGAUAGAACGACGGGCAAUAGGCGUACAGGGCAUCUAUCGAAUAAAUGGUUCAAAGAUGCGCAUCGCCAAACUGCGUCAGUCCUUUGAAAACGGGAGGGGCCUCACUGACAUGUCUGAAAACUCGCCUCAUGAUAUUACAAACUUGUUGACCCUGUACCUUCGAGAGCUCCCAGAGCCAAUUGUUCUCUUCAACCUCUAUGAUGUUUUUAUGAAGUUCGCCAAAGAGUUACACCAGGUCUAUGAAGAGCUGAAGGAAUGUCAGACAAAGGAGAUACCCACAGCGACUGAUAAAGUACAGCAUCUCAUCCUGCAGGCCAAGGUCUUGCUGCAGAAUCUUCCAGUUUCCAACUACAACACUCUGGAGCACCUUAUCGGGCAUCUCUGCAGAGUGGCAGAACGAUGUGAAGAAAACAAAAUGUCUUCGAAUAAUUUAGGAAUAAUCUUUGGCCCCACACUAAUUCGAUCUCAGGCUCCAGAAGAUGCGGUUUCCCUGGUGAACUCUGGUUACCAGGCUCAAGUUGUAGAUUUUCUAAUCAUGUACUACUAUCAAAUAUUUGAGCCCAAGCAAGAUCUCAGUUCUUGGACUCCAGCAACGAGUAACUCUCCAAUGGAACCUACCGCAAACAGAGUGGGUGAGGACCUGAAUUCAGCAAAAGUCAGGAGCCAAUCCAUAGAGAGCCUGGUUCUGAAGCGACAUUCAAGUGAAGGAUAUGUGUCAGACAGAUCUUCAUCAAACGAAGCACUCGAUGACACACAAGACCAGCGAAGAGUCAGCUCGGAUAGCUGUGAGAUGGCAGGCCCGCUGGACAGACUGCGAGCUGGCUCAGACGAUACACACUCUCUGGACGGCCAGGAUGCGGAAUGCGACGGCGGCGCUGACUGCUCCCCGCGAAGCACCUUCAACCGGCAGCCCGGCAAAUACCAGCGGUACGGUCAGGCCAAGACCAGGCCCGUCAUCCCAAGGCCGUCGGCCCUUCCCAUCAUCACGGCCAACAUGCCGGCAACGGCAGAGUCACUCGACUCGGUGGCAGCCGAUGGCGGGGCGGCGGCCGCAGACCCCGAGAGGCGGGCACGGGCCAAGACCAGCAGCUCCAGCCGCAGCUCGUCACCAGACAACGGCACGCUGCGACGUACCGGUGGCAAGCACAAGCGAUUUGAGAUGACAGUGGGGACGGCUCGCUUGGUCUCCAAACUGCAGGAAAGGCGGCGGGUGGAGAACACCGAGGUGGCUGGAUUCCCGUCAACGCCUGAUGGAGGCCAGGGCUCGGUGUCAACGGCACAACUGGGGGACCUUGAAACAGAGCACGCGCAGCAUGCGGCCACCGCAAAUGACAAUAGUGGCAGCGCCCAACAGGGGAGCCUCGGAACAGAGUGGCCGCAGCACGCGGCCGAAAAGGCCGAAGAAACCGACCAGCUGCGGCACCUCAACACGGAGCAGGGUCAGCACCCGGACCCGCCGGGGCGCCCCGAGAUGGAGCACGCGGGCGCCGAACUGAACACGAACCAGUCAAACAACACCUCGAGCGAGCAGGCGCUAACACAGGGCAGGGACCGGCAGGACGUGGCGAGGAUGCUACACGUGCUGCGUCACAGGCAGCACCUCGAGGACAGGAAGGCUUAUUUCGUGUGAUUGGCGGGGCAGUGACGGCGCACUGAUGUCAGCUGACCCGCAGUGUGGUCUAACCUCUGACCCCAUCAAAAUGAACAGUUAAGCAAGAGAGUAGGAGCAGACGGAAAUAGGCCACAAGAUGGACGACCCAAGCAUUGUGAAGUGGGACAAGUAUAUAUUUUGCAAAUGUUCUCCUAUACAGAGAGACACAUAUAUUUUAUUAUAAUUGUGGUUCCUUACGACAUUUUUAUAUAUAAUAGACAUUCCUCGCUGUGAUAAAGACUGCUAAAUAACUAUGGGUUGAUAUCCAGUUAAUUCAGUGUAACACUGGUGGGAUCUCCACUCACUGUGUAUUUUGGAGAAUCAUGGUUAAAGUAGCUGGCUGAGAACAGAUCUCCAGAAUCCUAACAUAGUAUGAUAGUCAGAGCAGGUGAGCCAAAGGGCAUGAAGGUGCCAAUUUAUUUCUCUGCAUACUCAGGUUGGAGGAGCAACACCUUAUAUUCUGUCUGGGUAGCCUCCAACCUGAUGGCAUGAACAUCGAUUUCUUGAACUUCCAAUAAUGCCCCUCCCCCUCUCCAUCACCUUAUCUGCCUAUCACCUCCCUCUGGUGCUCCUCUCCCUUUUCCUUCAUCCACGGCCUUCUGUCCUCUCAUGUCAGAUUCCCCCUUCUCUAGUCCUGUAUCUCUUUCAUCAAUCAACUUCCCAGCUCUUCACUUCUCCCCAUUUCCCCCCACCACUCCCAGUUUCACCUAUCACCUUGUGGUUCUUCCUCCCCUCUUCCCACUUCCUUACUCUGACUCGUCUCUUUUUCCAGUCCCGAUGAAGGGUUUCGGCCCGUAACAUCCACUGGUUUCUUUUCCAUAGGUGCUGCUGGCCUGCUGAGUUCCUCCAGCAUUCUGUGUGUGUUGCAAAUGUGGUCGAAGGGUAAAUACAGGUCAGGACAGUGAGCAGAAUCCUCCUUGCAAUGAGGUGAUUAGAGGAUAAAAAAACUGAUUUACCAGAUAGCACCUCCAGCAUUGCAGCACUUGGUCAAGUAGCAAUGUAGAAUUUUGUGCUCAAAUCCCUUGAGUGGGAAUUAAACUCACAAAUUCCUCUUUCAGUGAGAGAGUUACUAACUGAGCGUUCAAAUGACUAUGUCAUAAAAUCCACUUCUUGUGAUCUAAAGAAAUUAUGGGUGAUCCUUGGUUUGGGAGUUUUGAGGGUCUCUGUGAAAGAGAAGAUCUAGGUUGCUAUUUUAAAAAAAAAUUGCUUCUCUAUGGUGCUCUGCCCUGUCCAAUAGAAACAUAACGUUUGAAAGAGCUGGUAACUUCUGAAUUGGAACUGGAUUUAAAGAUCCAGAGAUUGCUCAAGCUUUCCUCCAGAAACACGGAAACCACUUUUAGAAAUAUCUUGAAUCUGGCUCAAUAACUAGGCUUCAAACUGCCACUGAACUUCUGAAUAAGUCUAAAAGGAAUGGGAACAUAACAGGAUAUAGAAGCAGGAGUAGGACAAUUAACCCCCCCAUCCCCCCCGCCACUAUUUAAUGAGAUCAUACCUGGUCUUUAACUCACCACCAGCCUUCUGUAAUAACCUCCUUGUCUCACGAUUCCCUUAAUAUCUAAAACUCUGAGUUACUGGGUGUCACCAAGACAAUAUCUCUGUUGUCUUCGGUACAGUCUUCGAAAGAUUCAUGAACUUCUGCGAGACGAGACUGAGUUAUCCCUUCUUCUGACACUGGACAUUUGGAGAAACAUCUCAGCAUUCACCCUGUCACCCCUUGUAUGUUUCAUAGAUUUGUACCGGAGAGAAAAAGACUCUUCGACUUGUGUUAUCAUGUGUGUACGUAGAGAACUUCAUUUCCCAGUGGGCAAUGUGGGCAGUUCAUCGCGGAACCAGAAGGGACAAUCGUGAGCUGGCACGUGUGCUGGUUGAACAGUGUUGAGAAUAAAAUAUGCUAGUGUUUACUCACACCAGGUUUGUCUUUAUUAAGAACAAAUAUAACAUGGUGUCAGAAGUUAGUAUGAGAUUUAAAUUUUCUACAUGUAAUUGGCAAAGAUACUUUGGACAUCAAUAACAGCUUUCAAAUUGAUGUGAUAGCCUUUACAUUGGACACUCUGAUGACAAGAUAUGAGUAUUUUGUCCCAAGUAAAAACAUCACAUUUGAGAGAUUUUUUUUUUCCCUGUAAUCAAAAACAAGGUGUUAGCUUUGACCAAUACUUAGCUGAGCUUCAAACGCUGAUUAAGUCCUGUGAGUUUGGAGAUUUGAGAAACUUACUAGUUAGAGACAAUAUAGUUUGUGGAAUCCCAGAUAAUGUUCUCAGAGAAAGAUUGUUUCACAAAAAAGAUUUGACACUGGAAGAGGCUGUGGAUGUGCGUAGGCCAGCAGAGACCACACAAGCACAAGCUAAGGAGCUGCACAGGGCCAACGCAACAGUGCAUUCUGUGAAGACGGAGGGGCAGAGCACACGGUGUUUCCCAAAGCAAAGAGGAAGGCUCAAACAGCAAAUGUGGAGGUAGGCACAUCCCAAAGACGUGUCCUACUUAAGAGAUUCCUGCAAUAAUGUGGAAAGAAAAAUCAUUUUGCAAAGUGCUGCAAAAGUGGGGCUAUCGAGGGAAAGGUGCACAUGGAUUGCUGAGGAAGUCUUUGUGGAUUCUCUACAGACUGCUGGUGCUGGUAAUAACAGAAUGGGUCAUUCCAGUGACUGUGAAUGAGACAGUGAUUCUAUUCAAGCGUGACACCGGAGACCAGGUGAAUCUGUUAUCUGUGGAUGACUACAAUACUCUCAGAAUAAAGAGCAACAUUUAUCUGGUGAAGUUAAAAUUGACAGGCUAUACAGGAGAGAUCAUUCCAGUUAAAGGGAGUUGUAUAGUGACCUUCAAGCACAAGCAGCACCUAAAGGCACAGCUGUCGAUGGUAGAAAACCCAAGUACAGCCAGUAUUAGGUCUGAGUGCAUGUGUGGUGAAAAGAGUUAUUGCAGUGGCUUCGCAGUCCAAAUAUGACCACACUUUACUCAUGAAAGAGUACCUAGAUGUCUUUGAGGGGCUCGGAUGCUUACCUGGUAUACACAAGAUCCAUGUAGAUGAGACAGGUGCUACUGCUGUCCAUGCACGCAGGAAAGUUCCACUUGCACUUAGAGGCAAACUUAAACAAGAACUAGCACGGACGGAACGGGUAGAUGUCAUGCAGGAAGUUGAGGAACCAGCAGACUGGGUGAGCUCACGGGUCAUUGUGCAAAAGAAAAGUGGAGCAUUGCGGAUAUGUCUAGACCCAAGAGGUUUCAAUAAAGUCAUCACGAGAGAGCAUUUUAAGUUGCCAACACAGGAAGAGAUUAUGUGCUGGUUUGCAGGAGCCAAAUGGUUUAGCAAAUUUGACUAGAUUUUGGCAGAUGAAGCUUGAUGAGGCAAGUUCGAGACCAUGCACUUUUGACAUACCAUAGAGAAGAUAGCACGUUCUUCAACCACUGUGUGGGAUCCUGUACACACCAGAAGUCUACUCUAAAACCAUCCACAUAAUCUUUGUAGGCAUACCUGGUGUUGAGAUCAUGAUAGAUGACUUUAUCGUCUAAGAACAUGAUGCACAACUGAGAAAGGUGAUUGACAUGACACAGAAUGUCAAUUUGAAAUUAAAUAAAGAGAAAUGUGAGUUUGGUGUUAGGGGGAGACCGAUUUUCAUUGGAGAUGUCAUUCUGAAGAGGGAGUGAAGCCAGACCCAAGAAAGACGUCAGCCAUUGAAAACAUGGAGAGGCUCCAAAACAAAGAGGAGGUGAGACAUGUCUUGGGGAUGGUGACUUACCUGGCUAAGUUCAUGACUCGACUGUGUCAGCACCACCUAGGUCACUCCUUGAGCAGUGAACUGAGUGGAUUUGGUCUCAUUCAAGAUUCUGUCCAGAAUGCUCAUAAGUGUUGUUACUGUCCCUGUCUGGCAGCUCAUUCCAAAUACAAACUAAUCAAAAAAUUUCCAUUAUUUAAAAUUUCUUCCUCUCAUCUUAAGUCUAUGUCCUGGAGUUUUAUACAUCCCUACAAUGAGGACAGUGUGUGGCUUUUUACCCUAUCUAUGCCUCUCAUAAUUUUAUAUAUACCUCUUUUGUCACCUCUCUGCCCUUCAGUCUAAGGUUCAGCCUAUCUAAUCUCUCCUAAGAAUUUAAGCCCUCUAAUCCAGCCAACAUCCUUGUGAAUCUUUUCUGCAUUUUUUCUAGCUUAACUACAUCCUUCCCGGAAUGAGGAGACUAGAAAUUCACACAAUACCCAAAGUGCAUCCAAAACCAAUUUACAAAGUAUAUUUGUUAUCAAAGAAUGUAUAAACUAUGCAACCAUGAGAUUUUGUUUGCUUACAAAGCAGGAAACCUGAAAGAACUCAAUUAAACAAAAUAAUAAAGACCAACAUCCUAUGCGCAGAGAAAGAGAAAAAAAACACAGAUCCUGCAAACAAUAGAAGGGAGCACAGCUUUCCAAACCAAAUGGAGUCCUUAGAUCUGAAUCCCUGCAGUGGGUUCAAGCCUUGGUGUCAGCUCAUUCAUACUGGUGCGGGGGAAUUGCCACAAAGCACAGCAGCUGGGGCAGCCUCACCUCAGCGUCGUGGAAGGAGGAGUGAACAUUGUAGGAGAGCGAGCAAAACCAGCCUGACUCUUGCCUCCAGUCCUGACACCCUGCAUUUUCAGUCUACCCGGACCGGCGUUUAAAUUGUCCAAACAGCGGGUCGUGCCUCACAUUAGGACCCAGGCCUAGACCACAGCACCCAACCCAAAGCCAUUCUCAACCUCUCCAAAUUUGCUCAGCACUUAGAGCAAUUCAACCUCGUGCUGGGUUAGUUGGAUGGGAUUGCAACUCCUCUGCAUCGACGACUUCUCUUUGAAUCGCUCACUCCAACUCCACCUGCGUUGAUUUUGUUCAUCCUUUGAACUGACUGCCUUCGCUCACCUCUUCAUUGUUUGUGCUGAUAGUUUACUACAAUUUACUUAAGAAAAGGCGUUGUUAAUAUUUUUUUAGUUGAGUUUCUUGCCUCGCAAGCUACCAGUAAACUGUCGGUCACCUUCAGUUGCACCAUCUUAAACUGGAAACCAAUGCCUUCUUCAACUUGAACAUGACAUCCCAACACUUCCACUCCAUGCCUCAGCCAAUGACAGCAAGCCUGUGAAACUACCUGUGUUGUUACUUGCAGGAACUUUCUACCCAAAGGUGUCUUUGUUCAACAUCACUCUCCAUUCAUAUAGACUUCAUAUCUUAUUCAUAUCUGAAUUAAAUUCCAUCUGCCUCCUGUUCACUGUACCAUCAACUUUGGUGUCCUCUGCAAAUGCUCAAAUCAUGUCAUAUAUACUGUAUUCAUAUCCACAUCAUGAAUACAUAUGAUAAAUACUAUGAUAAAUAAUGGAGGACCAAGCACUGAUCCCUCCGCUGCAGCACUGGUCCCAGUCCUCCAGUCUGAAAAACAAGCCUUGUCUUACCACCUCCAAUUUGUAUCCAAUUGACUAGCUCAUCCUGGAUCCCAUGGUCUAACCUUUUGGACCAGAAAAGUCUACCAUGCUGGACUAUGUCAAAAGCCCUUCUAAAAUCCAUCUGAGACAAUGUCUAUUGCCCCGAGCUCAUCAGUCCUCUGGUCAGCUCUGGGGGCAAAGGAAAAAGCUAAAACAAAUUCUGGAGAUAAGAUUUCCCAUACCUACAGCCAUUCUGUUUAUCCCUAAUACAUUCUGGCAUUUUGAAAUGCAAGUAACUCCUGAACCUUAGAGACACCUUCCAAAAACUAUCCCACCACUGAUAUAAGGCUCACUGGCUUGCAUCAUUAGUCAUGACUUUAGCUAUCACCAAGUCUUCUCAUACCUUACUUACGGUUGACUCAAUACGAUCUCAACAAGCUUACCUCUCAUUCUUCUCUGCUCCAACAAAUCGAGACCCACCCUGUCCAACUUUCCUUCAUACACAAGUCCCUUCAUCUCAAAAACCAACCCAGUGAUUCUCCUUGGCACUCCUUCCAAUUCAACCACACCCUUCCUUAAACAAGGAGACCAAAACUGUAUAAGGUACUCCAGGUGCAAUCUUACCAGUGUUCUGGAAAGUUGUAUCAAAACUCUCCAAGGUUUCUAUUUUAAUAUCUCUCGAAAUAAAUGCCCACAUUUUGCUCAAUAAUCUCUUGUGAGGCAUCUUAUUGAAGCCCCUCUGAAAGCCCAAGCACACCAUAUCAAAUGGCAUAUCCUAUCCAUUCUGACAGUUACAACCUCAAAUGCUAAUGGAUUUUUAAAUAUAGUUUCCCUUUUAUAAACCCAUGUUUGCUUAGCCAGAUCCUGUACUUUCCUCAUGCCCUGUUGACACUGUCAUGCAGUAUAUUCCAGCAAGUUCCCUGUUGUGGUAUCAAGAUAAUUGAUCUUUAUCCCCUGUUUUCCCAGUCCAAAAUAAGACAAGGGGCAAUAUGACCAAAUGGAGAAAUGUCACCACAAAACUGUAUCCAUGGAAACCAUGAUCACACCAUUAUAACAUUAUGACACGCGACAUUUGCUCUCCGACAGAGCAUUGAACAGAUUGGGAGAUGAAAUUACAAUUGAUUACAGAUAUAUUGCCUCCAACUCAUACCAAAGAUUGUCAGGUCAGCUUAUAUGUCACUGUAGACCCACAUGGAGGUAUUUGACUUACAAUAGCCCAGUGAAAUGUCUUAGCCAUGUCUUCGGUUGUGCAAUGAACAGCCAAGAUUAACUUUCCAUUGAUAUUCACGAGCAAAGAAUGUAUCGUAUAAAAUAUUCAGAUAAAGUAUCUCACCAAUUCCCAUAAACCUCCAUGUAUGUAAAAGCCUAGAGCAGGGACAGCAUGCUGGUCAUUAGGUACACUUCCCAUUGACCAGUCCUUAGGCUGUAGCCCGCUAUAUGCAUUAUAAUUCAAGUGUUUGCCCAGAUGCCGUUUAAAAUUCAACUCAAUAAAAAUAUUGGUUAAUAAAAUAUUGGAGGUAGAAUACGGUCUGAGUUGGGGUAAAGGUUCUGCAAAUACAUGUAGGGAACAGUGGAAGAGGAGAGAAUCUCACUGAAGUGUUUUAAGCUCUUGUUGAAAAAGUGUGUUCUUGUUGAAGACCCCAGGCCCUUUGGUCCACAGGCAGAGAAGCUCAUUUCAAAACGAGACAUGUAAACUAUUAUUUAAAUAAAACAAUAUUGCUAAUUCCCAAUGAAUCAAAGUCCUCUUGAAAUCUAUCUGUGCUGUGAUCUGGAGAUCGACAUUAACCAAACAAGGAUUUUCAGAGACCCAUCACUUCACUUAUGACUAACACUUAGGAAUGCAUCAGUUUUCUUCUUUAAAUCCUUGCCCAUCUGAGGUCUGCGCGUACAAUAAUGUGUACCCUUUUGUUCAAAUCUCUUUGUUCUCCAAAGAGGCGGGAGGAGAAGAUGGCAACACGACGCACGCGCGCAGCUCUCCGGUGAAAUGAUAUCGUUCCUGUUAAAUAGGGUCCGUGGACAAUUCUGAUUUGAUGGCGACAGACGUGAAAGCACAGAGGAACAUCUGGAGAAAUUUCUGAAAUGCCGGUUCGCUGCCACUGCCACUGGGCGAUCGAGAAUCUUCCGGAGGGAAGGCCCCAAAAUCCCCGGCUUUGCUUGCUGCUGGCGGCCGCGGCUGAGGUCAAAUCGUUCGGAUAGAGAUGGUGCUUGGUACUUGGCGUCGGAGGGCUGAUCGGAGGCUCGAAGUUUUCGGACGACUCAGAGUCGGACUGUGGUCGGGCAUGGCAGGGAGAGUUUUUCUUCCUUCUCCCAACUGUAUGAGAUGUGGGACAUUUGAGAGACUUUGAACUUUUUUACUGUGCUCAUGGACUUCUUCAUCAAGUUAUGGUAUUGUUGCACUGUUGUAACUAUAUGUUAUAAUUAUGUGGUUUUUGUUAGUUUUUCAGUCUUGGUCUGUCCUGUGUUUUUGUGAUAUCACACCAGAGGAAUAUUGUAUCAUUUCUU